AUGCGCAGCCACCACGAGCGCUUUCGUUGGACUCAUGCGACCCGAAACGCAAAGGACGCUCGCGAGGUCAAGGAAAAUGAGAAGGUAGUUAACGAGCUCAACUCGUACAGAGCGCUUGCCAUCGUCGACAAGCAACGUUAUGAGACUGUGAUCGACAACUUGAGAAAUUGGGAGAAGGAUGCUAUCUACAAUGUUGUUUCCCCCAACCGUUCCGGAGACGGUUUCUCAGCCACUGGUCUGACGUUGUCUUCUCCGAGAACCACAGAGUCGCAAAACCAUCUGCUGAUGAACAGCUGCGGAAAGAUUCUCACCAUCCCUUCUGCCGAGUACCCUACUGGUGCUAUCCCGGUCGUGGACACCGAGUUCCCUGGAGAGAUGUUCUAUUACAUUCCCGCACAGAUCGAGCCCCUGGCAAUGAACCGCGCCUACUUCGAGGAUAAGCCUUCCUUUAUUGUUAUGAAGUCUGGUGAAAUGCCUAGUUACGUCUUCUGGAAACGCAAGGCCGAGUUCCCGCCCUCAUACACUGCGUCACAACUCUUAGAUCACAGCAGAACUGUCAGAUCUGCUGCCCCUACACCGGAACCGCGCUCUGCACCUGUCGCUGGCCCUGCGACGGAGCCAAGCACUGUUUCUCUUGCUGUCAAUACCGAAAAAGCAACUCGCAUGGCAAGGGAAAAGCAAGUUGAGCCAGAGUGGGAAGUCUUUGACCCUCGGCUCGAGGAGAAUCCCCUCGAAUUCUUGGACUACUACAACGCUUGCCUGAACGGACGCAAGGGGGUCAGGUCAAAGUUGAUGCUUCGCGAAGUCGAUAUUGACCGUGUCAACUACAUCAGCCCUUGUCUUGCCCACAACCACAAGAAGCCCGACAAGGAGGCUCAAACUGCCACAGUCGACGCGAAUGCCAUGGACAUUGACCCCGUGCCAACUCUUUCCGCUCCCGGGCUUCCUACAGCUCCUGUUCCUGAUCCUUCCAAAGCCGCUGCUCCCAAGCCAUGGAAACAGCCUGAACCUAUUUCUGCAGAUGAUCCUGCCUGGAAAAACUUCUUCGCUAGAAUCGAUAGAGAAAAGGAGAUCAGAGAUGCACGAAUUCGUCCCAAGCCGGUCUUCACCAGCGAAUACUGCAAUACACCUGGCACAAAGUCCGACCCCAAGAAGGCAGUUCUGACACGUGAACUCUACGACAAGUUGUACCACCGUGCCGUCACAGCCAACCGCGAGAUCGAGAACCGCUCCAAGUGCUGUUUUGCUUGCGGAAUCGAAUGGACCUUGUGUCCUACAACAAGAUACGUCCACUACAAGCAGCAUCGCGACGAGUUCAAGCUUCAUAGGGCGCACUUCCUGAAGUCGCAUCUCUACGUGGAUGACCCGUUGCGCGUCCAAGAUCUGGAUGCGGCAAAGGCCCCCAUGCCCAAGGGUGUGCCUAGUCUCAACUGGUUCAGAGACUUGGAACAGAAAAUCUUGGACAUGGAGAACGAGUUGCUCGAGCGUGAGCAAGUCUGCCGUAUCUGCGAUGCUCAUGUCGACUUUGCUGAUGAAAACAAUUCCGACCACUACCUUAAGCAUAAGGAAGAGCGCAAGCAGUUGCGCGUCCUUGGUGACAAGGUCCCAUCAGUACCACACACUCCUUCUUCAAAGGUGCUAGGCGAUUCUGAAGAAUCCCCAGAGGCACGAAUUUGGUCAGGUUACACCGGCAAGCCUCUACCUGAGUAUUACACCAGGAUUGAAGAGAAGCAAAAAGCAGCCAAGAAGCAAGCUCAAGAGCUAGCCGACACGAUGGAGACCAGUGCGCAGCAGCCAAGGAAAACUGGCGGCAUCCAGAAUCCAAUUCAGAUCUCAUCGGACGUUAGCUCAAGCGCUGCAUCUGACGAUCUAGAAGAUAUAUUUAUGGAUGGUCUCAAUGGUCCCAUUCACUCCGAUGUCAUCGGCAGCACCACAGCUCCGCUCGCCUUUCCUCCUUUACUCGAGAAAAUGCCGGGGUCUGCAGCCUCCACCAGCGAAAAGGUCAACCUUGACUUCCUCUCUGGAAAGGAAGCCAACAAAGUCACACCUUUGAAGCCAGAACAAGUUUUACCGUUUGGCCGUUUCAAGGGGAAGGAGCGUCAUACCGCAAGACAGAAUCGUGAGCUGUAUUCCGACGUGAUGGAUAUCGAUACUAUGGAAGCCCAUCUUGACAUUCCCAUUGAGAUCGCAGAUGACGAUGACGAUCUGUACGCCUACCCUUCUCCUGCCUCAAGUGGCUCCGCUGUCCAUGACGAGGCCGACUUUGAUCGUCAGGAGAUCAUUCAAGCUAUUCGCACGACCUCAGGCGAGCUGCUCGCUUUGAACGACGACAGCGAAGAUGCCGAGGAGGUGCCUGAAGAGUUUGAAGCUGAGGACACUGAGGACACUGAUUCCAAUGGGGACGACGAUGCCAGUGAGGACGACGACGCCAAUGAGGAUGCCGAAGCCAACCAGAAUGAGCCUGGCAAUGACGAUGAAGCCGACGAUGGUGAUGAGCACGCCAACAACAACGACGAUGAGGACGGCAGCGAAGACGAAGAUAUCACCCUCUCUUCCAAGUUCCCACUCUCUGGUGGUGGCUUUGUCGUCGACGAAAUCACUGAGGCCGCUACGGGCGAUCUGCCAUUGACUCCUACAGAGCGCAGCAAGGCUAGAGAGUUUGUCCAAGAGAUGGUCGAAGAGGCUCUCGCGAGCCCCGACCAGAUAGACGAACUCGCGACUAAGGAUCGGGUACAAAGCUUGACCCGAAACCUCUUUGUACCACAAGGGACCGAGAAGCUUGAUGCGGCCAAGAUCCUUGCUUCAGCCACUGGAAACAACAAACUCCGCAAGAUGAAUCUGAACCUCGCAGAAGCAUUCGGCGCCAUUUCCUAUGUUGAUCAGUUGAUCCAAAUGAACAAGGGAGUAUAUGGGGCAUGGGGUAACACUAUUGUCUCCAGCGAGCAGGAGAUCCUCAAGAAGCUCGUUGACCAUAUCGACAUAAUCAAGAAGAGAUCUGUUAUUCAAAGAGGCCCCAAGACAGCGCCCAUCAAGCGUACUGGACACGGUCUCGAAGACGUUUAUCUCAAUACCAGCGACCUACUGAACGGCAUCCGUCUCGAGCUGUACGACCUGUGGAGAGUGAUCAUCAAAGCCAAAGAGGCUUUCGAGGACAUGGUUGCCGCGAAGUCUGGGAAGCACGCUCGCUCAGAAAUCAUGGAGCAGAUCAUAGAGCUUACGAGAAGAGCUUUGGCAGAUACAUGGCGCUACGGCUACAGCGACAGGCGCUUUACCCUUCGACCUGGGAUACCAGUCAAACACGACGGCCUUGAUCUUGAGUUCGAGGACUUGGAGAUCGACACUAUGUUGUCGGAAGCAUACCAGUGGGGUUGCGGUAUGAACAGCAUGCGCAGUCUAGCAACGGAAGCCUGGGAUCAGGCUGUAGGCAUGGUCAAGGCUGCGCGUGCAUCGGCCAACAUUUCUGAAACCACCAGGCAUGAAAUUCUGUCUGAAGUCCAAACCUACGUCCGUUCCGAGAUCAAAGCAGAGAAGCGCUGGAGAAAAAUGAAAGGUCAGAAGCUCACACGGCAAGAACCUCCAACCACUCCAGCCACUCCCGCCAUCUCAUCGGCGAAAUGGUCCACUGAGGCUUUAGCCAACGACACUCCUCGCACUCCCGUCUCACCCUGGUCGCCAGUAGCUUCUCCCACCACUCCGACUGUCUCUGGGAUCUCUGACAAACACGAUGGUCGCAAUAUUGAAUUUUCCGAUCUGAAGAUCAACCAUUUGCUUACCAAAGCAGUUAAGUCGGGUUGCGGAGUGAACGACAUGCGAGUCUUGAGUGAUCAAGCUUGGCAAGUGGCCACUGCACUUCAAGAGGAGGCACCUGAACGUACUGAAGAGCGUAGACACCUGAUCGGGGAGAUCGUUCGCCAGUUCGUGCGACAUGCAAUCAAAGCUCAGAAGCGCUCGAGGAGAAAGCAAGGCCAGCAAGAGUCAUCCGCCACUCCUACCAGCUCAUCUGCACAAUGGUCCACCAAGGCUGUAGGCGGCCGUGCUUCCGUCAACAAGCGUCCAUCGCCCCUGCCCACGUCCCGCAAGCGCAAGGCCAGCGAUACCUCCUUUCACCCUGGUCCACCCACUCCCUUCAACCCAGAUGAGGUAUCACCCCGCUUGCCCAAGAUGCCUCGUAAGAGUAAGGAUCCAUUGUACCGCCCUGGCCCUGCCCUUCCGAGCCCGACCACACCCCCUGCGACUCCUAAGGUCAACAAGCGCAGCAGCACCCCAAAGUCCGCUGCUCGUGCCGCCAAGAAGGUUGAGAAGAAGUUGAAGAAGACGCAAGCCAAGAAAGUCGAGAAGAAGCAAGCUGAGAAUGCUGAGAAGAAGGAAGCCAAGAAGGUUUCUUUCGACACUACACAGAGCUCCAAGCCUUCCACUUCUUCUUCUUCGUCGAAGGUUCCAUCUCCUCAGGUUGUCAUCACCAAGAAAGCUACUAAGAAGUCCGCCGCUGCAGCUCCCGCAAAGACUGUGGCUCCCAAGUCAUCGAAAAAGGCCGUCAAGAAGGCUGCCCCCAAGGCUGGUGUCAAGAAGACUACUGCCAAAGCUAAGAAGUCCAAGACUGUCGCUCCUGCUGCAAGACCUAAGCGUCAGGCUGCUAUUGAGACUGAGAAGAGCUUUGGCAAGACGAAGGUUGUUGAUAGAAGGAUGAAGAAAGAAAGGAUGGUGGAGGGAGUUAAUGAGAAUGGAGCAUAG